AUGAAGACUGAUGAUGACAAUGAAGCACAAGGAAAAUUUAAAUGCACUCUGAAUCCAUCUUCCAUUGAGUGUUCCAAAACGAUCGGAAGAGGAUCAUUCGGUUUAGUGAAACGUGCAACGUUAGCCUUGCACAGUCAACGAAUAAACGUAGCGGUAAAAAUAUUGAGUGAUUCUUAUGUCAAACGUGAAAAAGAGGCUGUCGCAAAUGAACUUCGAAUAUUACGUGAUUUUGAACAUAUUAAUAUAGUCAAGCUAUAUGGUUGCUUCAAGAAUGGGGACGCAGAUCCAGGAAUAGGAAUCGUUCUUGAGCUGAUGUCAUGCUCAUUGGAAGAUCUUUUGUAUACAUUUUCAUACGUUCAAUAUAAAUGCUCACAAGUUGUCGAAUGGAUGUUACAAUGUUCAAAGGCUAUUGCAUAUUUACAUGAUAACGCCACAGUUCAUCGUGAUCUAAAACCAGCCAAUUUGCUACUCAAUCAGACGUUUCGCAUACUAAAGGUUUCUGAUUUCGGUACGGCACGUCUCAUAGACCCCAUAAUGUCUUGCAGAGGAACCAGCUCUUAUAUGGCACCCGAGGUGAUCGUCGGCAGAGAAUAUGAUAUGCGUUGUAAUGAUAUGAAUGACCGUAUUGCAGAUAUGUUUUAUGGUUUAAGAUAUGUUUUAUGUUUUAAGGUGAUCCUCGGCAAAGAAUAUGAUAUGCGUUGUGAUGUUUAUAGCAUUGGUAUUAUACUCAGUGAACUAAUGACCAGACAACCACCACAAAACAGUCUUGGAGCGAUUGAGCCACAAAUUAUUUUUCGAGUACGAUUGUUGCUGUUUAACGAUGUAGAUAACGACGAUAUCUAUUCUUAA